AGCACUUUGAGGCUUAGCAUCGUACAUAUAUCUUCUCUGCAACUACUGCAAGCUAUGGCAGCACUAGAUGGGGUUUGCUCCACCUCCACCUACACCUUCACAACUGGUUUUAAUAGCUAUGAUGUGUUCCUCAACUUCAGGGGAGAAGAUACUCGUAAUAACUUCAUUGCCUUCCUUAACUUAGUUUUAAAAGAUAGAGGAAUCAAUGUCUUCAUUGAUAGUGAAAAAUUGUGGACUGGAGAAGCCAUUGGCCCAGCUUGCCUUAGGGCGAUCGCGAAAUCAAAAAUCUUGAUCCCCGUCUUCUCUAAAGGUUACGCGAAUAGCAAAUGGUGCCUGCUUGAACUUGCUCACAUACAUCAAUGCCACAUAUCUAACCAUCAAAUGGUCUUGCCCAUAUUCUUUGACGUUGAGCCAUGGCAUGUUCGAAAUCAGAUUGGAAGUUUUGGAGAAGCAUUUCGAGAACAUGAGAAGAAUUUCGAGCCCCAUAUUGUUGAGAGUUGGAGAGAAGCUUUGAGAGUGAUAGGGAAUUUGAAAGGAGAAGUUAUUGACAAAAACAAGGAUCAAGCAAAGAUAGUUGAAUUAAUUGUCAAAAGGGCUUUGGAUGAACUGAUCAGUUGCACGCACUUGGCUGAGUGUAAAUACCCUAUUGGAAUAGAUUCUCGUAUCGAAGAUCUAUUAUCUUUAUUAAAUAAUAAUUCCAAUGAUGUUCAGUUCGUGGGAAUCUGUGGUGUUAGUGGCAUUGGGAAGACAACCAUUGCAAAAGUUGUUUAUAAUCGCAUCCUUUCGACCUUCAAUAGACAUAGUUUUCUUUCAGAUAUAAAAGAACAAGCAAAGCAAUGCAUGGGUCUUGCAUAUUUGCAGAAGCGACUUCUUAAAGAUAUCUUCAAAACAGACUUUGACAUAGGUCAUUAUCAUAGAGGAACGAAAUUAAUAGAACAAAGACUCUGCGAAGAAAAUGUUCUUCUUGUUCUUGAUGAUGUGGAUAGUAAAGAACAGAUAGAUGCUUUGGCUGGUGAACUUCAUUGGUUUGGUCAAGGAAGUCGGGUCAUAAUAACAACCAGAGAUAAACAUAUCUUGAAUAUGGCUAAAAUUGAUAAAGAUAAAAUCUAUUGUCCUCAAGAGAUGGACCAUGAGAAAUCUCUCCAACUAUUUAGUUUGCAUGCCUUUUCAAUGGAUGAACCUCCUCAAGAUUACAUGCAACUUUCACAUGAUGUGGUGUGUUAUUUGGGAGGGUUACCUUCAACUUUGAAGGUGUUGGGGUCUUAUCUAUCGGACAUAAGUAGCAAAGAAGAAUGGAAAAGUACAUUGCGAAAAUUAAAAGCAGGUAAAACUUCUGUCUCCAGUAUUGCAUCUUUACGCACACAAAGAAAGAACACUUGUCCUAUGAAAUACAAUCCCCUUGGUUGGCGCCCAUCAGUUCAUGGAACCAUUGAAAUCAGCACCACUGUUACUAGAGUAUCGAAAGUCCUUGGAGGAUGUCUGGAUCUAAAUGGCUUCACAGCUACUAUUAGAGUUGGUAAGCGGUUCACAACAACAAAGAAUCAAGCUGCAAACUUCACUGGAGGAAAUCUGAAUCCAAAUGGCUCCACAGCUACUGAAAGAUUUGGUAGAUUUGGUGAGCCGUUCAGAAUGCAAGAGAUGCGAGCUGCAACAAAGAAUUUUGAUAAAUCAUUGAUGAUCGGAUGUGGUGGCUUUGGCACAGUUUACAAAGGUGUACUAAAUGAUGGCACUCCAGCAGCAUUCAAGCGUCACAAUACAAUAUCUUCUCAAGGCAGGGAAGAAUUUGAGAGAGAGAUUGAGAUGCUCUCAAAGCUCAGGCAUAUAAAUGUGGUUUCCAUGAUUGGGUUCUGCAAGGAAAAGGAUGAGAUGAUUUUGGCUUAUGAGUAUAUGGCAAAUGGGGCGCUCAGGAAGCAUCUCUUGGACAGUGACCUCCCACCAUUGACAUGGAAGCAGAGAUUAGAGAUUUGCAUAGGUGCUGCACGAGGACUCCACUACCUCCACACAUGGUCAGAGAUUGGUAUAAUCCACUUGGAUGUUAAGACAACCAACAUACUAUUGGAUGAGAACUUCGUAGCAAAGAUUGCUGAUUUUGGGUUGUCAAGAACAGGUUCUGCAUUUGAUGAUACUCAUGAUACUUAUUAUGUAAGAGGAACUUAUGGAUUUAUCGCUCCAGAAUACGCGAUGCAUGGGCAAUUCAAUAAAAAGUGCGAUGUUUACUCUUUUGGUGUAGUACUUAUUGAGGUUGCUUGCGGUGGAUUCUUUCGAGAACAUCGGUUCAACCUUAUAGAAUCAGUACCGCUCCUGAGAUCACUUGAAACCGUUGUGGACCGACGGCUUGAAGGGAAUUACUCUCCAAAAUCAUUGAAGAAAUUUGGGAAGAUCACAAAGAAAUGCAUUGCUGAGGAGAGUAAGAACCGACCCACAAUGGGGGAAGUGUUGCAGGAUUUGGAGUAUGCCUUGCAGUUGCAUGAAGCUUGGUUAGCAAGUGAUGGGGAAGAAUCCACCAGCUCCUCAUCAUCUGUUAGUACAAUUGAGUCCAAUGAUGAUACAGGUGGGGAAGAAGAAUAUUCCACAUGCUCCUCAUUGGUUGGUGCAGUUGGGUGUGAUGAUUUCUCUGAUCUGGUUAAUCCUCAAGGUCGGUGAGAACAGGAAAUAAUUUUCUAAAAAAUUUCUUCUACUCAAAAAGCCCAUGGCAACUUCUGAAGUUUUUUCUUGUAAUGUAAAUAUGAUAUAUAUUAGGCUAAUGAGAUUUGAGAGAGACAACUAUGAAGAAGCUCUUAAUAACGUCCAAUAUUGUGGUUAAUGGAGGUUUUUAUUUAUUUGGGUACUAAUUCUAUUUCUGUUGCAGAAAUGUUUCUUGAUUUUUGCUCAUUCUAUUGGCUUGGGCUGUACAUAUGUUAAUCUCUGAAAGAAACCUACCAAAUUCUUAAUGCAGUUGAGAAGAGCCUUUUGAGACAGUAGGUUUUUAUUAGGUAGAGAGCAGACCACUGUGAAAGUCAGAAGCAUUAACUAACAAAUGCCCAUAUUGAUAAUUAUAAUCUCAUUCCAUCCCAUAUAAAUGAACUCUUUGCUCUGUCUCUCUCUGUCUCUCUCUGUCUCUCUUUGUCUCUCUCUCUCUCUCUCUCUCUCUCUCUGAUGCUAUGGCAUCCAAAAUAGUCUUCCCUACCAUACAAUUCUUCAUUUUCUCUUGCAACAUAUUAUUUGUGGCGUCCUGCCAUCUGCUAGAUAAUGACCAGAGUACAGUGCCUGAUGAAGAUGGUAAUGGCUUUAUGGUUCCCCUUCCUCCCACAUUUCCUUCCCCACUUGAAUCCAUCCCCUCCCAAGCCAAGCCUCUACUCCCCAUACCCCCAUCUCUCCAAGUACCCUUCCUACCCCCUAACAAGAACUCAAACCCAACUCUAAGCUCAAUCAAUGACCCAAGCCCAAGUCCAAACCAAAACACAUUUUGGUCUCCCACAACUAUAACACCUACAGUCUUCCCCUUACCUACAAUUUCAACCAUUCCAACAUUCCCUCCUUUCCUUCCUACUGGGGUUCAGAGUUUAGGAUCUGGCUCAUUGAUAGGUGAGGUACAUGAGAUGCCAUGAAAUUUGCAGCUUGUGGUAAGGUUUGUUCCUGUGAUGAUGCUUCUUGUCAAGUGCCUUUUACCAGUUAGAUGUUCUUAUCUUUUGUAGCUAUGAAUCUGGCAAGAUAUAUGAUAGAGUCAGAUCUGCCAAGGAUUUUGUUAUUGUAACUAAGGUGUCAAAUCAAUGAAAUUAAAUAUUGCCAUCCUUAUCA